GUUUAAGGCUCUGGCCUUUUUUGCUCAAAAAAAAUAAAAAGAAAGAGCGACGAAAAACAGGGAUACAGAGUGUGGGUUUCAUUCUUUCUCUCUUCACCUCCCACAUUCAAAGGACCUUUCUCCCUCACCUCCAUUAUUUCGCCUUCUUCACCUUAUCUGAUAACGGACCUCGUUUUUUGGGUUAUUCAUAAAGUUCUAUCUUUUCCAUUAAUCAUUGGUUUCUAUUGCUCUGUCUCCUCUGAUCGCUAGAACCCAUCAAUCCAUCGUUGUUUUUCCAGUGUAAACCAGUUUCUAACUCUAAUUUCGUUUUCAAUCUUACCCAUUUUCCAAUUUUGACUCGUUUUGCAUUCAAAACUUGAAACUGUUGAUUUAAUUAGCAAAAAAUCAUUGCUAGUCGGUUUUUAAAUAACCUGAGAUAAGAAAGAGAGAGACAACUCCUGCUUGGUUACAGGAUUAAGGACGUUUUGAACAAAGAUUGGAAAUGGUGGGAGGAGGAAACAGGAAAGAUGACUCUGUGGUGCUUAAUAGUACCAAUGUAUUUGCUGCGCUUGGUACAUUGAGGAAGAAGAAGAAAUCAUCUACUUCUGAGAAAGAGAAAAUGGGUUCAUUGAUAACCAAAUCGAAAAAGGACAAGGAAGCAGAAAAGGACGUUUUUUGGGCUCCAUCCCCACUCAACGUGAAAUCAUGGGCCGAUGUUGAUGAUGAAGAUGAUGAUGAUUACUAUGCCACCACAGCUCCACCGGUUUCUGUUUUGGGUGUUGCUACAGAUUCCAAGCAGGAAAAGGAGGUUAUGGAGGAAAGUCAAAGUGAGGAAGGUCUUGAUGAAAUUGAUGAUGAUGAUGUCGAGGAAGAACAUGAAAAUGAACAUGAGCCUGAGGCACCUAUUGUAGAGCCACUAAUUAAGAAGCAUCUUGAUGGCCCUUCAGCACCUAAAGAUCCAGAAAGGCAGCUUUCAAAGAAGGAACUAAAGAAAAAGGGGCUUGAAGAACUUGAUGCAGUUCUUGCCGAGUUAGGAUAUGCCACACAGGAAACCAGCAGUCAAGAUAAUUCCAAUGGUGUCGUGCAAGGGAAGAAAGUAGAGAAUAAUGGAGAAGUGGAAAAGAAGGAAAAUGGCCCUGGUGAGAAUAAAAGUUCAAAAAAGAAGAAAAAGAAGGAAAAAACAUCAAAGGACGCAAAGGAAUUGGAGGACCAACCUUGUCGUGCAGAUGUAGGGAAUGGGACACAUGAAACUGCUGAGACAGAGAAGGUAGAAGAUGUACCUGCUGUUGAUGUGAAGGAGCGUUUGAAGAAGGUGGCAUCUUCAAAGAAGAAAAAAUCAGGUAAAGAGAUGGAUGCUGCUUCACGAGCUGCUGCUAGUGAGGCUGCUGCAAGGAAUGCAAAGCUUGCUGCUGCAAAGAAAAAAGAGAAGAAUCACUACAAUCAGCAGCCGGUGCGGUAAGCCGGCAACAAUUUUGUUAUCCCCAACCCACACAAUGCAUCCUCAAAUAUGUACUUGUUAAUUUUGUUAAUGCAAAAUAAGAUAUCAGGUUCUGAUCUUUUGAAAAUGAGAUUCAACAGGGUUCUUGGUUUUACUUUAGGGGUUCUUAGAUUUUGUAGUUUUUCUUCUUGUUGGGUAGUUUUAUCAAUACAAAACUUCUGAGAGAGCUAACUUUUUUUUGUAGCGAUACAUUGCUGUCACCUUUCUUGGUAUUCUUUUCCCCAUUUUUUAAGUCAUAUUCUGUGAGCCGAGUUACAUGACAUUCUAA